UUUGGGCUUCUCUUGGGUUUUCAGCUAUGUAAGUAGUUCAUGAGGAUAAUGAUAUUUGGUGGUUUUGAAGUAAAUGUCAGGGAAACGGGAAAAGCUAAAUAAGUAGAUAAAUCUGUGUCUAAUGAGAACAAACUGUAUAAAAGUGUGCUACAGCUGAUUGCUGUAGAGCUGAUAAAAAUGACGUACAGCUAGGCAUCCUUGAGGUCUGAUUACAGAAGUGAAGCUGGGCCUCCUCACCUAGAUUUUAUUUAAGGACCACACCAGGGCCUUCUCAGUCCUUAGAAGAAAGACUGGCGUGGGGAGAUGCGUUCCCUCUUAGUUCUCCCCAGCCAUGGCACUUCCCAGCAAACUCCUGUUUGGGUUUUGCUGCUUCGCCUGGCUCUGUUUUCUCGCUAGCCUCGGCUCUCAGGCUUCUAGGGGAGAAGCCCGGACCAGAGCCAGUGCAGCUUUGGAGUCUGAGGCAGAUCCUUGGUCCUUGCUGCUGCCCGUAGAAGAGACAGACAGGUCAGGCCUCUUGCCUCCCCUCUUUAAGGUCCUGUCUGAUAGGCGCGGUGAGGCCCCUAAGCUGCAGCCCGACUCCAGAGCACUCUACUACAUGAAAAAACUCUAUAAGACGUAUGCUACCAAGGAAGGGGUUCCUAAACCCAGCAGAAGUCACCUCUACAACACUGUUCGGCUCUUCAGCCCCUACACCAAGCAAGAGCCGGCUCCUGGCAACCAGGUGACAGGACCCCUGCCGAUGGUGGACUUGCUGUUUAACCUGGAUCGGGUGACUGCCAUGGAACACUUACUCAAGUCAGUCUUGCUAUACACUCUGAACAACUCAGCUGCUUCUUCCUCUGCUGUGACCUGUGUGUGGGACCUCAUGGUAAAGGAGCCCAUGCCUUCUGGCAAGGCGCCCCCUAGAGUGCCAUACACAUUUACCUUGAAGAAGCACAGAUGGAUUGAGAUGGAUGUGACCUCCCUCCUUCAGCCUCUGGUGGCCUCCAGCGAGAGAAGCAUUCACAUGUCUGUCAAUUUUACAUGCACGAAAGACCAGGCCCCAGAGGACGCUGUGUUUAGCAUGCCUCUGUCAGUGCCCCCCUCGCUCAUCUUGUAUCUCAAUGACACCAGCGCUCAGGCCUAUCAUUCAUGGCACUCUCUUCACUCCACCUGGAGGCCUUCACAGCAUCCUGGCCAGGACAGUGCGACUGCUCAUCCUGUGAAAGAGGAGGCUGUGGAGGUCGAAAGAUCUGCCCGGCACCGUCGAGGACAGAAAGCUGUCAGCUUAGCAACCAAGAAGCCACAUCUUACAGCAUCCUUCAAUCUCAGUGAAUACUUCAAACAGUUUCUUUUUCCCCAAAAUGAGUGUGAACUCCAUGACUUCAGACUGAGUUUUAGUCAGCUCAAAUGGGACAACUGGAUCGUGGCCCCACACAGAUACAACCCUAGGUACUGUAAAGGGGACUGUCCCAGGGCGGUCAGGCAUCGGUAUGGCUCUCCGGUGCACACCAUGGUCCAGAAUAUCAUCUAUGAGAAGCUGGACCCCUCGGUGCCAAGGCCUUCAUGUGUGCCUGGCAAAUACAGCCCCUUGAGCGUGUUGACCAUUGAACCUGAUGGCUCCAUUGCUUAUAAAGAAUACGAAGAUAUGAUAGCCACUAGGUGCACCUGUCGUUAGCAUGGACCCUCUACACCAACACCCUGAAACCGUCUGACAGAGCAAGCCUGUAGGCUUUGGCAUGCCUGGGCAGAGAGUGUCAUGUGACCAGUCACCCGUGUCACUCAGUGCACAUUGUGUGAGGGGGGAGUGUGUGGAUGAGUGUGCUGUGUGUAGCAUCUCUGGUGGUAAAUGACACACACUGGUUGUUGCCACAAACCAAGUGAAAUGUUUGUUUGGAGGUCUUCCUUUUUCUUCUCUUGUGGUCAUAAGUCUUGAGUGGAAAUGUAGCUGUGAACACUUUAGAGUGCUGUGGUUUUAUGUAACAGAUGAAUAAAUACAUUCCUGUUGGUGGCAUAAA